AUGGGGACGGCGCUCGAUGCGCUGAACCACCAGCCGUUGAACUCGCGUCGUCCUGCGGCCCCGACUUUACCCAGCUUUGAGCUUCCUGCACCCAACUUCCAGACCAGCGUCAAGUACGCCCAUCACAAUCCUCCGCCCAUCAACCCCAGCGUCAGCAACCUUCUUACACCACCAGCAACCACCCAAUCUGGCGAAACUCUUCCUGCUACGACCUCGCACACAGCCACCACCACGGCACCCACAAAUCCGGAGUUGGCACCGUACUGGCAAAGCCAGAGCGCAUACCAGAGUGGGUCAGGGGCAGCAGCUGCCCGUCAGUCGUGGAACUCAAGUGUGGUGUCCUAUCCAAGUCGAGACACCUUCUCCCCGUCGGUGAACUCCCUGAAUCGCAAUCCUGCCACGUCGACUCCAGGCACCGAGCAUAUCACCCAGCCAUACGAGAUGAAUCAUUUGCCUCCGUUUCACCAAUCUGCCUCGGUCUCCACUACUGCACCUGUUCAGGCGGGUGCUCCUCAACAACAUCAUGCCAUGACACACGCAAUGUUGUCAGCACAUAACCCGUUGCCUAAUCCAGCGCCGUCGCCGCAUCCUCUUCCUUCGAACGACCCCUACAUGGUCAAAUCAUCGUCUGCCCCAGCGUAUGGCACUAUCCAGCAACUGGCCAGCCCGCCGGGCGGCUAUUCGCCGUACGGACAACAGGGAAUCGUGCCCAAUCGGGUGGCAUCAAAUCCGCACCCCUCGCACCACUUGAAUUAUCAACGGCAGCCAUGGCCGUCAUAUUCGCUUCCGGCGGUGAACGGACCCAUCUGGACGAAUGUGCACAAUCCGAACGGGCAGAUGUCACUUACCGGAAACCUGCAGUCCGGGGUGCUGCCUGGAUUGCCUGGGUACAACAGUGGGCACGUGGCCAAUAUGCAGCAGAUGCAGCAGUUGUAUGGGGGUCACCCACCCCAUCCAGGUCACGGCGCUCCCGGACCCACCAACGAUCGACCGUUCAAGUGUGACCAGUGUCCACAAAGCUUCAACCGCAACCAUGACUUGAAGCGGCAUAAGCGAAUUCACCUCUCGGUGAAGCCGUUCCCGUGCACCCACUGUGACAAGAGCUUUUCGCGCAAGGACGCGCUAAAGCGACACAUCCUUGUGAAAGGCUGCGGAAAAGACGGCUCUGAUGGCCUGAAGCCAGGGGAGCACGGAGUGAAGGAGGAGGACCGAAGUGACGAAUCGAAUGGACAGCACUGA